AAAACGUCCGGGGCGAGUUCGAGCAAAGAGGAAGAAGACGACGACGUUUUGAAAGAUGGCGGCGCACAACACACAGAAGAACAACAACAAAACGGCGAAACCUGGAGGAAAAGCGGCUCAGCCGCUAAUCAUCGCUAAAACUCCGGCGGAGGAACAACGUCUGAAGCUGGAAAGGUUGAUGCGGAACCCGGAUAAGCUCGCUCCCAUCCCGGACCGGCAGAAAGAGUGGACCCCGCGGGCUCCGCCGGAGUUCGUCCGGGAUGUGAUGGGCUCCAGCGCUGGCGCCGGCAGCGGGGAGUUUCACGUCUACCGGCACCUCCGGCGCAGAGAGUACCAGAGACAGGACUUUCUGGACAAGAUGGCAGAGGUGAUGAAUAAAGAGCAGGACUAUCUGGAUAAAGUGGAGGAGAACAAACGCAUGGCCGACGAGAGGACGGCAAAGCGCAGGAAGAAGCGGGACAAGAUGAAGCAGAAGAAGCUGAUGGCGAAGAAAGCCAAACUAGAGGCUAAAAACAAGAAAGAUGACGCCGACCAGAGCUCGUCUAGCAGCGAGGAAGAGAAGGAGGAGGAAGAGAGAGAGGCUGAUGAUGAUGCAGAGGCUCCCAGCUUCAUCAUGGGGAAGAAAUAAACCCCUCUGUCUCCUGCAGGGGUGGCAAACACAAACUGGGCUGACUACUGGGUUUAAUGCUCCUCAUGCUGAUAUUGUGGGUGAUUGAUCAUGAAGACAUAGGGGGAGAUGGGACACAAGAAUCUCUUAACUUUUGGAACAAGUAUGCUCCCUGUUUUACUGUUUAACACCAGAAAAAAACAGACACACUGCCUAGAUUAAUAGGCAGAGAAACCCCCACCGACUGCAUGGUUUUAUGCAGAUAAUAGCAGCCAGUGUCCCAGUUGGAAAAGGGAUAUUUUAAAAACACUUCAGAUUCUUCAUUGUGCUGUUCACUAAAAUGUCUGAUGUCUCAAUGUUUCAUGUGGUGGGCCAGAUAUGCUGUUGAUUCUUGAGUUUGUAAAAAUGAAGUUUUCUGAAUUUGAUUGGAUUGUUUGGAAUCCUCUAUAUUUUUAUUAUGUGUUUUAAUAAAAAUUAGAACAUACAUGGACA